AUGACCACGAUGGAGUUGAGCGCUUUGCUGGCCAAACUGACGCGUCGCGAGGACCUGACGGACGCGGAAGCAACUUUCGCGGUGCAGCAGAUUGCGUCCGAGCAGGCGGCUGAGAACCCCGUGGCGGUGGGCGUUUUAUUGGCCCUCUGGCUGCCAAGGGCGAGAGCGCUGCCGAAGUUGCGGCGUUCGCUAAGCACAUGCGCUCCGAGGCCAUUAAUGUCCAUGUUUCGGUGCGUUCAGCUGUUAUUAAAGAGCUUUAAAGGUUGUGCUGCAUCCACUGACGUUUACUUGCUAUUGUCGCCUCAGUCCGGUCGGCCGACACUCGAUAUCGUAGGAACUGGAGGCGACGGCGCCAACACAGUCAACUUGAGCACUGCUGCUGCCGUAUUGGCCGCUUCGUGUGGCGCUCUGGUUGCCAAGCACGGCAACCGCUCGGUAUCUAGUCGUUCCGGCUCGGCCGACGUGCUGGAGGAGCUGGGCGUGCCAAUGCUCAAGCCCCACAAUGUGGGCCCGUGCCUCGAGGAGGCGCAAAUUGCCUUCAUGUUUGCGCCGCACUUCCACCCAGCCAUGCGCCAUGUGGCACCUGUACGCAAAGCUAUUGGUAUCCGCAGCGUAUUCAACAUCCUUGGUCCGCUACUGAACCCGGCGGGAUGCAAACGUGUGGUCAUUGGCGUAUACACUCCCAAAUUGCUCGAUGUUUUCGGCGAGGUGCUGCUGGCGUUAGGAGUCGAGCACGGGCUGGUCGUACACUGCGCUGGACUAGACGAGCUCAACUCAAUGGGCCCGGCUGACGUCGUGGAGGUCCGUCGGGAUGCCGAGAAGCCAUUCCGCCGCUACGAGUUGCGUCCCGAGGACGUGGGCGUCCCCGCAGUGACUCUGGAACAGCUGAAGGGCGGAGAUGCAACGGAAAACGCCGCUAUCUUGCGUAAGGUAUUCUCUGGCGGUGUGUACAGCGAGUGCCCAGUGGGAAACACGAUUGCAUAUAACGCUGGCGCAGGUUUGUACGUGUACGGAUUGGCCGACAGCAUCAAGAGCGGCUACGAGAUGGCCAAGAAGCAGCUCUCGUCGGGCAAGGCACUGUCCACACUCGACAAUUGGGCACAAGUGGCGCAGCAGUUGCACGCCGAGCCCCAACUGUGA